AUGACUGCUUCUUCUGUGCGAACAACAGAUGUCGUGGCAGAAGUAGAGCCAUCUCAGAAGGUGGAAGAUUCAGCCACAGCGGGAGAGGAGGUGGACAAGGGAGAGUUGAAUGUGGAAUCCACCUUGAAAGAGGAGACAGCUAGUGGUGGCGUCGCACCGCAGCAUGGUUUAGACGAGGAACAGGACAUUCCACUUUCCCUCUCCACAAUGGGAGGGGAACACGCCGCCGUCCUACGUCAUUCUAUUCUCAUCCGCGAUCCACAGUCGAAGCUGGCGCAAGCAGAUCUGGAAGUCUUCAAUGCUGUCGGAGAUGCAGCUUCACGUGAGUUUUAG